GUUCCUCGUCGUUUCCCAAUGUCAUUACAUGCCGCCGCGAAGCUCGCAACGCAACUGGCGACCAAAUCCAAGUUGUCUUCGUGCCGCUCUCCAUCCUUUCCUCUCUCGAUCAUCGCCGACCUGAACGGAAGAAGAAGAAGAGUAAAUAGUCGGAAGCGAGAGCUUAGAUCGCGGAUCGCCUUCGGUGGAAGCCUGGGACGCAGCCUUGAUCGAUUUCAUAGAUCUAUUGUUUUCAAGAUUAAAUUCGAGAGAGCGUUACAUGAUGAGAAAGCCGAUUCAGGUAACUAGUCAGAUUGAUUCAUCAUAGUAGAAUGCAAAUAGUUUUGCAGUUUCAGAUCUUUUUUAUCCUGUAGAAAUUUUCUGAUGAAAUUUGACAUGAAUAUAUUUAUCCAAUACGUCAUCCUCAAUACUUGUUGAUUGACUUUAGAAUUGUUUUAGAGGACUUAGUUAUCUUGGAUGAACUUGUUUUUUUCUUAAUGGUUUGUGCUUCUGUAAAACCAUAUAUAUUUUCCUCCCUUUUUCAUUUGCUGGAGUAAAUAUAGUUUUUUCUGUUAGAUGCUCGAAACAAGAUUUUAUUUUGUUAGUUUUCUUUCCUGUGGAUCUCGAUCUUCUUAAGGUGUCAUUCUUGGAGAAGAUAACACUGUUUUGUUGGCUUCAAAGGAGAGAUUAUGGAUCAUCUGGCAAUAGUAGCUCAGGACUUUGGAGGUGAUGUUUCCGAUUUCGAGGUCGAUGGUAUUCAAUGCGGCAAUCUCAAUGAGCAUGAUGUUAGUGAUGAAGAAAUCGAACCAGAGGAGUUGGAAAGAAGAAUGUGGAAAGAUAAGAUUAGGCUUAAGAGAAUCAAGGAAAAGGAAAAGCUUGAUGCCCAGAAGUCUAAAGCAAAGCACACAUCAGACCAGGCUCUUAGGAAAAAGAUGUCCAGAGCUCAAGAUGGGAUUCUCAAGUAUAUGUUAAAGUUGGUGGAGGUGUGUAAUGCCCGUGGGUUUGUCUAUGGAAUAAUUCCUGAUAAAGGAAAACCUAUAAGUGGCGCUUCAGACAAUAUAAGAGCUUGGUGGAAGGAGAAGGUUAAGUUCGACAAGAAUGGGCCUGCUGCCAUCGCCAAGUACGAAGCAGAACACUCUGAAGCACAGAAUGCACAAAAACGUGGGGAUAGAAAUCAUCAUACUCUGAUGGAUCUCCAAGAUGCUACACUAGGAUCUCUCCUAUCAUCACUGAUGCAACAUUGUGAGCCUCCGCAGCGAAAAUACCCAUUGGAGAAGCAUGUUCCACCGCCUUGGUGGCCCUCCGGCAAUGAAGACUGGUGGAUAGCUUUGAACUUACCCAAGGGCCAAGCACCCCCAUACAAAAAACCGCAUGAUCUGAAGAAACUAUGGAAAGUCGGGGUACUAACAGGAGUUAUAAAACACAUGUCUCCUAAUAUUGGAAAGAUCAAAACUCAUGUGCGGAAGUCAAAGUCCUUGCAGGAUAAGAUGAGUGCUAAAGAGAGCUCUAUUUGGUUGGGAGUUCUUGAUAGAGAAGAGAUGAUUGUCAAUCAGCUUAGCGGUGGAAAUGGCAUGUCUGAUCUAACACAACAUAGUGGUUAUGAGGAACAAAGGGAGGAGACAAACAGCUGUAACGAUGAGUAUGCUGUUGAUGGCCUUGAAGAUGCUCGAGGAUCUACUUCAUCCAAAGAUGGUGGACAAAAUAUGCAGAGUGACACACAAGUCGAGAAUGUAACAGCUUUGAGGGAAGUUAGUCCUGCUGGAACUCCCAAUCAACUUAAUCAAAGCACAGAGCAAACAAAUGAACAUGCAAAUCCAAAAAGACAUCAUGAAGCUGUUGCAUCUACCGACAAGCAGAUGUCUAUGUCGAAUGAGGGAAGACCAAAGAAAAUAAGAACUGCUAUUCCAGACAGGAAUGGGACAGAAACAGCAAUAUUGGUUCAACAUCCACAAAAUACGAACCAGGACUCUUGUGUCAAUGCAAGGUCAAUGCAUCCAGAGACAGUUUCUCAAAGCCAAUACCUCAUAUUGGAAUCUGGGGUUGUCGAUUAUUUGAGCAUCCCUCUUAAUGCUGCUGCAGAGAACAUGUACAUUGGUAGGCAACCAUUGCUGUGCCCAGGAGUUCCUGAUAAUGAGUUGUACAAUGAUACAGCAAUUAAUACUGGAGCUGAGGAUGGAUUUUAUAGGGGUUUCAGUAACAUGCACGAUACGCAGCAGAAGGAAAUGUCUUUCAUCAAUCAUGGAGUAAGGAAUAAUGGAAGCAGUAACCCUGCUGAGAAUAAUUCAUAUGAGCAUCUUCUAACACCAAAUCUAAAUCCACAUCCAAUCAAUGGAGACAUGCAUCUGUCUCUGGAUGACUCAUUCUUCACAGGACCUGAUAAAUAUGAUUUGCCACCAGAUAUUUCUGGACUCGAUUGUCCAAGCCCAAUUCUUGACUUGGGCGAACUUACAAAUAGUGACCUAUGGAUAAUGGAAUAUUUGGGAACAUAGGGUAGCAUUCCUAAAUGUCUUCACAGUAGUGGGAACUAAGCAGUUACUGACUAUAUCGACGUGCUAAGUAUGAUGUUCGUUCUUAUUGGCCCAAACAUCAACUCGAUGUUCCAACUCAGUUCUCUCUGUCAAGUGUCAAUUCUCAGGGAGGAUUCUUAUUUACUGCAACAAUGAAGAACUUGAUGGUUACAAAUUCUUUCCUCUUGAAUUUUUGCUGUAUAUAUAUCUUUGUGCGUCUGUGCAUUUUCUGUUCCUUCAUUGUUGUCACCUUGGGGGAUAAAGAUCCUUCAUUUUCUCGGUAGUUUCUGGGAAAAGUUAUUGUCAUAAUUAAUUUUUCAAGAAUUGGACAUGGCUGAUCAUUGGACUAA